UUCAGGGGCGAAGGUGGGAGGGAGGGGGAAUAGAAUCGGAGUCCGGAGACUGCUGUGUACUAUAUACAUGGGCAACCAUCCGAUAACAGACAUGAGUUUUCGCUGGCAAUUACAUUAAAAUCGAUUUACGACAGUAUGCUUUUCUAACGCACUACAGUUUCUCGCCGAAGAUGCGAGGGAACGAUGAAGACACGCAACCUUAUUUUGAUUAUGGUCAUAAUGUAGCCAUGGAGCUAUUUGUCUAGUGCUAACCUAACAGGCUACACUUUACCUACGUCUUGGUGUCGAUUCCUUCACUGACUUCAUGCUUGACGACGAGCCAGACCUUUCCCCCCAAACGGAUCCAGGCCAGGAUCCAGGGGAAUCACUGCCAGUGAGAGAUGAGACCCCCAUGAGCUCUGGGAUGAUGGAUGGUCAGGACUGGAGCUGGCUGCUCCUGGUGGCGCUGUUCCUGGUCUCCCUGCUGGUCGUGCUGACCUGGCUGGUGCAGUACUCUCUGGCUGUACUUCGUCCGAGGAGGUCGGGGGCUGGGACCCAGAGCAGAUCGGAGACCCACUGGCAGCUGCCACUGAACCUGACGCACCAGACCCUGACGGGGGGCGUGUGGGGAUCCCUCCAGAGGCUGAGGUUCGGUCGGGGAGGUAGAGGCAGUGAGACCGAGGCAGGGGUCAAGGGCCUCCUGGCCUCACUCUUCUCCUUCAAGUCAUUCAGGGAACAUUGGCAGAGAGCUUGGGUGCGAGCCCUUAACGAACAAGCCAGCAGACAAGGGAGCUCAAUUCAGAUCACCUUCAGUGACAGUCUACAGCUCCCGUCCACUGCUUCCAUUGAUCAUGUGACUUGUACAGACCAGUCAUCUCGCAGCAUGGUGUUGCAGUGCAUUUGUUCGGCUGACACCGUCAUGUUUCCGGUGACGGUCACUCAGCAGUCACCUGCGGCUGUGUCCAUGGACACCUACCAGAUAACCAUAGAGCCCGCGGAUGCUCAGUUGGUGGUCUCAUUGGACGAGGUGGAGGAGGAGGGGCUCCUAGUGUCCUGGACAUUUUCCCAGCAGCCUCAGCUCUCAGUCCGUGUGUCGUCGCUGAAGCUCCAGAGAGAGGGCUCUGACCCAGAGGUGGACCUGGACAUGAUCAGGGACCUGGUGGAGGACACCUUGUACAGCACACAGCCAGCCAUGAUCCUCAACCUGAGGGCCUGCGUGUCCAGCCCAGCAUUCCCCAGAGAUAAGCUGUUGACUGGGCCCAACUCGCUGUCGCCGGGACAACCAGCAAGACUCUUGGUCCGUCAGCUCAAAGCAACCGGCGUCAGAAAAGUGGAGCCGUCGUGUUUAGGGGAGCUGUGCUGUGCCCUGGGCCUGGACGCUCCUGUCCUGGAGAGGAGGACCGGUCUCCUGACUCCCUCCUUGAGCAGUGGAGCCACACUUGACUGGAGUGAAGACAUUAUCCUGGACCUGCGCCCAGAUACCAAAGAGCUCCGGAUAAGACUGCUGGAGCGAAGCAGGAUGGGAGAAUACUUGUCCCUCGGUCAGACCUCCCUGCUGCUGGAUAUCCCCAGCAAGAGUCCCUCAGGCCAGCACGUCCUCUCCGUCAGUCCAGGCCAGGGGCUGUCAUCCACGGCCUCCGUCACCUUUGAGUUGCAGUACCUGGAGGCGGCAGACCCCCGCUCCAGUCAUAACGCCACACCACUCCGCUCCUCACACACCCCUACCAAGAAGGUGGAUGUGGACCGCACCAUCAUGCCGGAUGGCACCAUCGUCACCACGGUGACCACCAUUCAGACCAGACCAAAGUUGGACCGCAAACUGGGAGACUCCCCUUCAAGAUCUCCAUCCAAGGUUGAGGUGACGGAGAAAGGGCCGACCGUGCUCAUGGAUGUCCCAGGGGGAGCCAGUGGGAGCUCCACGCCAAGCACUGAGAGUUCCCUGUCUAACGGGCUGGAUCCCGUUGCUGACACAGCUAUUCGGCAGCUGACUGAGUCAUCAAGCAAAGUGGCUAAGAAGACCCCCACUAAAAGAAGCACGCUUAUUAUCUCUGGUGUCUCGAAGGUCCCCAUCUCCGAGGAUGACUCAGCGUUGUCUGUGGGCUACGCCGCAGCCAUGGACGCCGCCCUCCAGGGGGAGCACUCUCCCGGGGGCGCCUCCAACCACUACGGGGCCACGCCACAUCCAGACGGGGACGAGACGACGCCGUCGGACGUGUCCGAGCGCCCGUCUGUGGAUGACGUGGAGUCGGAGACCGGUUCCACCGGAGCUCUGGAGACACGCAGUCUCAAAGACCACAAAGUGGGCUUCCUCCGCAGCGGCACCAAGCUCUUAUUCCGUCGCAGGAACCGACAGAAGGACCCCACCUUCAGCCAGUCCCACGAAGACGUCUCCAAUCUGGGCAACGACUCCACGUCCUCCAGCUCCGCCAGCGUGCGGAAGAAGUCCGGAAGCUUCUCGCGGCGCCUCAUCAAACGCUUCUCCUUCCGUUCGUCCAAGUCAAAGGGCAAAGCCAGCGCCACCAACGGAGGGGCCGGCGUGGCGGAUAACUGAGGAUCUGCCCCCGGGGUGAGGGGAUGCCGGCAGCCAGUGCUCAAGAUGGAGUCCCACAUUACAUUUAGUCAUUUAGCAGACGCUUUUGUCCAAAGCCACGUACAAGGGAGAGUCAUAGGGAGAAAAGGGAAGCGUGGGUCUGUAUGGGCUCAGGCACCAGUGAGAAAGGAAAGCGUGAUGUCACAUUUUGCGUCAGCGCAAUGUGGUCUUUCGAAGGCUUGAUGAGCAGUUUCCAGGAUUUCCGUUCCCUCCACUGUGGACUGCCUUUAUCAAAACAGACAUGGGACUGGUUGCCUUUUUAGGAUAGCCCACCUGCAAUUUCACAGUCCCUCUAUUAAUAGAACAUCGCUAAAUGUGGAGGAAGCAAAUGGUCUUUGAGAGACAUAUUGAUUGUUGUGUCCAGUUUAUUGAGAUGAUAAACGGUCUAUGAGGAGUCAAAGCAACAAUGUUGACCUUAAGGGAAACCUUUGUGGACAUGAGUGGUUAAGCUAGUGUACAGUCUGCUAAGCACAAGGGAGAAAUAGAAUGACUUGAGAAUGAUUUACCGCCUCCUGUGUGUGUUUGAUGUUAUUUAUUUGAGAAAUUGCACUUUGGACUUUGAAUUGUUUACAACGCUAGAGAGCUUAUAGAUUUCAUUAUUUUGUAUCUAUCGCAAAAAGACUAAAUGAUUACCCAAGUCGUCUACCAAAUCUUCGGUUUCCAACCCCAGUGUGCUCAUUUGCUGUUCAACGGUAGAUUUCAUUAGCUAUUCUACUGAACAAAUAUCCAGCCUUUGAAUUAACUAAAAAUGAUAUUGCUGGUUUUCUGUGUGGCUUAUGAACACUUUCUUGGAUAAUGUUGUUUCUGUUUGUCAAAAAACAACACAAGUACAUACAAAUCCCUUAUAUGUUUGUGUGUUUGUAUUUAGGUUGUAAAGAAAUUGGUUAGAGUUCAAAGGGAAAUAUUUAAGUAAAACUAAGUAUGAAGUAUAUAUAUUCUUAAUUUUUUUAAUUUAUAUAAAUAAGAAUACCAUUAAAUCAUCUUGUCAAUUUGGAAGUAACAUUCACGGGUGGUAUAAAUACAAACUCAACCCCAGAAUCAGUGGAAACUAUUUGUUGUGGUUGUUUUCAUUUACCUCAGGUGAAAUAUUUUAAUGAAUGUUUUAUGGUAGCCAUGUUUUUUGUUUUUUACCUUUAGAAUAUCCGUACAUCAAAAUACAUAGGUUUUAAAAUGUCCAUUGCCGUUGACCAUCAUAUCGCAAUAACCUUCCAGUUCUCAGUGCAUGCAUGACACAACUUUUCACACACCUGUACAUAAAUUAAUUUUAAAAUAAUAAUGUCUUGCUAUAUUUAGGAUGGGGUUGUUGUUUUUUCUUUGUAGGACUAAGUGGGGACAAUAACAAGAAGUCCUUAACAGAACUUACAAUUGUAACAACCUGUUGGUCCCCCUUCAAUUGUCCUUCCCCAUCUACACCUCCUGUGAUGCAGGAGUUCCAUUGUUGUACUUAGGGACUGUAUUGAGCUGAUGGUGUAUUUGCCAACUGUGGCAAGUGAUGUCAGAGGUCUUGCAUGACUACUGUGCUUGGAUUUGGAUAUCUUGCACAGACUUUGCUCUUAAAAAAAUUUGGAUCGUAAAUGAAAUAUGGAAAGCUGAUUGAUAAAUAACCCUCUAAAAUAAUUCAUGCUCUGAACGUAAGUGAAGGAAGCCAAAUUAGACUGCGGAGAGCUAUUGUCCAGCUGUAAAUGUUGAUACUUUAUAUUACAAUGUGGUCAUUUUGAUGUUUAAUUUAUUGAAAAUAAAUUAUUUUUUAAAAACUCA